UCACAUGGCCUCGUCCGUCCUAUAACUCCAACUCCCACACCCUACCCUUUUCAUUAUUUAUAGCUCUCUCAUUUCUCAUUUUCUCUUUAUAACUUUGAACAUUAUAUCCAUCCAUUAUUAAUUUUAAAUUUUUCUUUCUUUCUUUCUCUUUAGAAAGGAUCUUGGCCUCUUUCUUUUGUUCUUAACAAUGUGCUCUAAUGGUUGCAAAGAGUUUGCUAAGGUGAAAUGUAGGAGAAGGCGGAGACAGGCGGCUCGCGGGGCGGUGAAAAUGAAGGUGAAGAAGCUGCAAAGGCUGGUUCCAGGCGGGGAAGGCUUGAACCCGGAUCGGCUUUUUCUUAGGACUGCAGAUUACAUACUACAUUUGAGGUUGCAAGUAGAUGUUUUGCAAACUCUUUCCAAGAUUUCCAAACCAUGAGUUUAUAUGUUAUAUCUUAUGUUAUAAGUUAUAGACUAGCUUAUUAUGGCUUCUGUAUUGGUUAUAAUGUAAGUUCCUCUUUCUUUUUUAUUUAUUUAUAUUUGGGUUAUAUGUAAGUUCUUGAAAAUUCUGUUGGCUUAUUGAGUAGUUUCUAUAUAUAUUCUGCUGAGUUGAGUAGCUUACUUUUCUAUGCUAUUACAAUAUUGAAAGCUUUGAGAAUUUAGAAA